AAUUUGGCAACAUUAUUCAAAUACAGGUUAUGUCAUUUCUAAUUAUAAAGAACUUUCAGUUGAUACAUUAAUCAAAACAUAUACAAAGCACAUUAGAACUUCACAAUCACAUAUUAAAAUAUCUACCAUAUACUUUGGGAGACAUUUAGUCUGAAAGAAUAAGUUGUUGUGCAGUCUUCAGGACUACACAAAACUAUUACUUGAGAGUAUGAUAACAUUAAAGGGGAAGGUGUACUGUAUGUGUGUGUUAAUGUGUCUGAAGGAAAGGAAAAAUCCCAGAUGAAGCCUGAACUAUCUAUAAUUCAGUCAGGAAAGUUCUGAGUAAAGGUAAAUUGUCAACAGGUUUGUAAAAUAAUGGUGCUGUAUGGAUUUCAGAACAGAGAGAAUUCCAGAGGACAAGUGCCAAACAAUGACAAUGCCAGCUGAGGUCUCAUCUACCAGUGAUCAUAAGGUCCACCUAUAAUUGUUCACAAGAUGAUAUUGUCAACUGGACACACAAGCACGAUACAACCUUAUUAUCUUAAAAAUCAACUGAUGCUCUAGCUUUGCAACUAAGAUGACAGAUAUCAUUAUCCCAAGGCAUCUAGAGGCUUGUACAGCAAAAGCAUUUUGAACUUGACUUAGUAGCCAAUUGCUAUGUUGUUUUUUUUAAAAAAGCACCAGAAUGACAUACUGAAAAACUAGUUCAACAUCUAAGGCCAAAAUACAACUUUCAUGGAAGAGCUCUAGUAGCUUUAAAGAAGAAUGAUAGAGAAUAUGUUCAUAUGGGGCAUCUGCUUGCAUUGCUUAAUCUGAUUGCUUCUUCUAGGCAUACUGAAUUUCCCAUCAAAUAGUAUGGCUUCCUUCCUUGUUCUCUUAAUGAUUCCUAAAGAUUAAACUUAAUUUGGACACAGGAUGCAUGCUACUUUUGGUUUAUGGAACGUUAACUGAUCAUUGAUAAGCCAGGCCAGAAACAGAAUUUGUUGUGUUCAGAUGACAUGCUUAAGGGUUAUAAAACAUAGGUGGAACUAAAUAUGUUUCAUUCCUUAGCCAUCUUAUUAUAAUAGUAGACAUGUAAAUGUGAGCAACAGCCUAUUUAGAUGUGCUGAUACAAUACAGUCAAUCCUGCCUGUGGGUAGAAUAUUCAUCCAUGUAUCAUCACUAUUCACAGGUUUUACAAGUUUUUGUAGUAUUAUGAAACAUGCAACACCUGCUUAAUUAGAAAUGAGGCAAGGUAUCUGAUCAUAAAAAAUUAAGCAAGGAAGAGCUACUAGUAAGAGUUAAAAGUGGGUAAAGAAACAUAUUUGUCUGGAAAAGUACUCUUGUCCCAUGGAGUUAAACCCAACUGAAUUCAGUGAAAUUUAUUUCUGAAAUUAUUUCCAAAGUCUGAAACACAACUCUUGCAAAAGAUAAAGUGGGAUCCAACAUUUACAUAAAAAUUAAAUUCUCAGAAUAAAAAUACAACCAUUUUGAAUUUCCACUAAAAUUUCUACUACAAAAUCCCUUCUUAUUACACAGCUUGACACAGAAAUUUGUCAAAAAUUUGUAAAUGGUAGCCAGAGACAUUUGCUCCAUUGCAUAUUCCAGAUGAACCAAAGGGUGAGAUGAUAUGUAUGGCAUCUAGGCAUUCAAAUUUAGUACAUAUCUGUAGCAGCUGCACUGGCAGCCUACCAGGUGCACAAAUGCUAUUUUUAAUUACCAUAAAAUGGAGCAGAUUGCAGCUGGCCUUAUUGAAUAGCAGGUUUUGGUUUAUGAGAUGGUGAGUUCCUUGCAGCUGGGACUUGUCACACUGCAAAGAGGACUGGUCUCAGAGGCAGGAUCAGGCUGUCAGUCACCAUUUAAAAUGGCAGAACACUCUUAGAGAUUUUUUCUUAACUGAACAAUACAACAAGUGCAAGAACCACCAUUUCACUGAACAAGAAGCUGGUUUAAAUGAACUUUAGAAAUCAAGUACCCUGCAAGUUCUGGUCUCAACAGUGCCAUCCUUCUUCACAGCUCACAGAUUAAUAUAUUGAUACCUAUGACAACUCCAGAGUUUUCUUUUUCUGCUCCUGAAUCCUGAGGGGGAAAAUCAAUAACUUUUCCUUUAAAAAUAAGAAAGUGAUAACUUGAGGCUAUCUAUGAAACCUAUAAUAAUAUUUGCAGGCAUUAUAGACAUUUCUAGAACAAAGUAUAUCCAGCAAAAUAAGCCAGAAAGAUGUAUUAGCCAGAAUGACCUAACUUUGCCCACUGAAUAUUCAUACUCUAUGGCUGGAUAUAAAGCUUAUAAAGAAUUUCCUUGUGACUUUAGGGUUUCCAUAUUUGUGCUGCAAAAAAAUACAGACAAUCACUACAUAGUAGCAAAGAUAUGCAGAAAACUUUUAAUUAUUAUCUAUUAGUCAUCUGGAUUUUUGCAGCAUUGCUGAUAGCACUAAUGUAAGUCCAUUCUUCAUAAUUUUGUUCUGACAGGCAUAGCAAGGUAGGAUUUACAUUUUGAACAGUUAUCAUAUUAAAAGCCUUUAGCUCAACUUUCUAUGCUUUUACAAUUGAAAUUUCAAUGCUGGCAAAGUUCACAAAGCAGGAUAAUAGCUCAUUUAGGACAUUCAAAGUUUCCCAAAGCAUUAUAUUAAACUUUUUAUGAAAGGUCUUUGCUUUAAUUUAAAGGGAUAUCUCCUUUUAUUCAUGUUCACAAUACAGUCAUUCAUUGUAAAAUAUUUAAAAUAAAGAGGCUUUAUUUGCAAAGAUAUUUACUUAGAAGUAAAUCUCACCGAAAUCUAUAGGCCUAAAGGUGUUAAGGUCAUCAAUCAUAUGUUACUUUAAAAUUAUCAUAUUGUUCCUAAUAUCAAUUGUCCCUUAUUUUGAAGCAUUGGUAUUUAUACUUAAAUAUCAUUUUAUAAUAUGCAAUGGAUUAGUUCCUCCAUUUGUUUUUCUUCAGAAUAUAUUUCUAAAAAGCUCAGACAAGGUGUCCCUUUAAAUCUGUAGUACAAAAUUGACUGGAAAUUUUAAAUUUCACCCUCGCUCUUUAUCUAAUGCUUCAAAUCCUCUCACCUGCAGUUAAGAGACCGCGGCAUAAAACUACAAUGGCAAAUGUAACAUUGAGGCGCUCAAUGUUAAAGCAGCAUCUCCAGAAUUCCUUAAAAAUAUUGACGAGACGGGGAAACCCCAUCCAAAUUGUGUAGCAACCUAUCUUACGGGCAGUGAAAGUGAAAGGACAGAUAAAAUAAAUACUGUAGUGGGUUAAAAAAAAACCGUUUGGCUAGAAGGCAGCCCGCAACACUAGCGGAACCUAUUUACAACUCAGUUGUUAGGGAUUGUCUUUCGGCUCAAUUCUGAGUGAAAAGUAACCGACGCGGGAAAUACGUUUAUGCUCGCUCAGCUAUGCUGUCAGAGAUCUUGCAGCCUCCCGAGACCGAAGAAACAAAGUCAAGAGCGCAAUUUCCGUAUAGCGCUCUCUUCUGCCCGUCCUCGCUCAGUUGCAUAAGAGGGAGGGAGCGACCGACGCUGACAGUGCCUGCUUUUUUUUUUUUCUCCCCAUUUUCUAUGUCCUCGCGGCACCUUCCUUCCCGCCUCACGUGACGACUUUCAAGCAGGACGAGGCGGAAUGGGGCGGAGUCAGCAUGUGCCAGAGACUUCAUUAUCCGUUUGUUCCAGCGAGUUGGAGCCCCGCCCACCAAAAAAAGGAAAAAAACCCAGAAGAGAGGGGGAGAGGGUUGUGUGAUGACACGUGCUCUUCUCUGCUGUCUGUUUAAGUCCGAAAAAGAGUUACUGUACACACUUCCGGCAACGGUACACGCGCCCCUUCUUUCACGCAAUCCCCCCUCUUCUUUUUUCGCGCGCGUCUCUUAGAGCCGAAAAAGACGCACGAAACCUUCUACGUCUCAGAGGUGUUUCCCAGCAUCUCGCCCUCUUCGGCUCCCCCGCACCCGUCGCCGUCAGUGUCAUUCCCCACCGCUAUAUGGUGUCUUUAGAGCGCAUGCUCCAAGAUGUACCUUACGUGACGGUUCCUUUUCAUCGCGCGUGCCCUCGCCGUUUGUUCGCUGGCCAGGAAGAAGGGGCGGCCGCGCGCGUUCAAUGUGGGAGACUGGGGCGCGCGUGUGCGCGCGCGUCAGGGCCGGCGUUCCGCACGCGCGCUGUUGUUAUUGGUGCUGCCGACUUGACUGGCUGGGCCGGCGGCGGCUGUUGGUUGGGGCUCGUAGUGGUGGGGAGGGGGAGGAGAAGGCGGAGGGGGGGCGCGAGAAGGGAAAGCAGGGUGGCUCAGGCAGUCACUCAAGAGAGUGAGCGAGUUCUUUAAAGAUGGCCGGAACGGCGGCGGCGAGCACGACCCCUGUGUAUUGCGUGUGCCGGGAACCCUACGAUGUGAACCGCUUCAUGAUCGAGUGCGACAUAUGCAAGGACUGGUUCCAUGGCAGUUGUGUCAGAGUAGAGGAACACCAUGCUGUUGAUAUUGACCUUUACCACUGUCCCAAUUGUGCAAUUCUUCAUGGACCCUCCUUAAUGAAGAAGAGGAGGAACUGGCACAGACAUGACUAUACAGAACAUGAUGAUGGUUCAAAGCCAGUUCAAGCUGGAACCCGAACAUUUGUUAAACAGCUACGUGCGUGUUCAUUCCCAAGUGCUGAUGAAAUAAUUUUGAAAAUGCAUGGAAGCCAAUUGACACAAAGAUACCUGGAAAAGCAUGGUUUUGAUGUUCCCAUUAUGGUACCUAAAUUAGAUGGCUUAGGUCUCAGACUCCCACCUUCUACGUUUUCUGUUCUAGAUGUGGAACAUUAUGUAGGUGGUGAUAAAGUGAUAGAUGUUAUUGAUGUGGCAAGACAAGCAGAUAGCAAAAUGAAGCUCCAUAAUUACAUUAAAUAUUUUACAAACCCUGAGAGACCAAAAGUAUUAAAUGUGAUAAGCCUUGAAUUUUCAGAUACAAAGAUGUCCGAGUUAGUGGAAGUUCCUGAAAUUGCCAGAAAACUUUCAUGGGUUGAAAAUUACUGGCCAGAUGACUCGGUCUUCCCUAAGCCUUUUGUUCAGAAGUACUGCUUAAUGGGAGUUCAAGAUAGCUACACAGAUUUUCAUAUUGAUUUUGGGGGCACUUCUGUUUGGUAUCAUGUUCUUUGGGGUGAAAAGAUUUUCUACUUGAUCAAACCUACUAAUGAUAAUCUGGCAAUUUAUGAAUCCUGGAGUUCAUCUGUUACCCAGAGUGAAGUGUAUUUUGGCGAUAAAGUUGACAAAUGUUAUAAAUGUGUUGUGAAGCAAGGACAUACCUUAUUUGUUCCAACAGGAUGGAUUCAUGCUGUACUCACUUCUCAGGACUGUAUGGCUUUUGGAGGAAACUUCUUGCACAACCUCAAUAUUGGCAUGCAGCUCAGGUGUUAUGAAAUGGAGAAAAGACUAAAAACUCCAGAUCUUUUCAAAUUCCCUUUCUUUGAAGCCAUCUGUUGGUUUGUGGCCAAAAACUUAAUGGAAACUUUGAAAGAGCUGAAAGAAGAUGGUUUUCAGCCCCAAACAUUCUUAAUACAAGGAGUGAAAGCUUUACUUACUGCUUUAAAACUAUGGAUGAAAAAAGAUCUUGUAACAGAACAUGCCUUUGAAAUUCCAGAUAAUAUUAGACCUGGACAGCUAAUUAAGCAACUUUCUAAAGUAAUUCGAUCUGUAGAGGAAGAGAACAACAAACCAACAAAAACUCAGGGAACUGGUGUGUGUCAAGUUUCACGAUCAUCAAGUGAGUUGGCCUCCAUUCAUCAUUCCAGAAGAAAAGCAAGGAAGCUACGAGAUCAGUCUAUCAAGACACCUUCUAAUCUGGACAUUCUGGAGCUCCACACAAGGGCAGCUCUUAAGAGAUUAGAAAUGUCCCCAUGGGAAGAGGACACAGCAAAUUAUAAAUUGAAUGGGAGGUUUAACAAGCCACUUCAACCAUCUUCCACUGUUCCAGAAUGGAGAACAAAAGACAAUGAUUUACGGCUUUUGUUGUCAAAUGGAAGAAUAAUUAGAAUAUUUUGUGACAGAGAUGAUCGGCGACCCUUCAGAGAUCCAAGUCUAUACACAGCAGACAGUGAAGAUGAGGAUGAGAAGAAAAGAACUAUUAUGACAGAAAAGCCGAAGUCCCAGGAGGCAGAUGGCCAUGCGGAUACACAGAAACCAUUGAACAUGUUUUUUGAAAGUGUGAAAUCAGAACUCAGGAAUGGCAGCUCAGAAUAUUCUGAUAUUUCUGAUUCAGAAGAAUCUGAACCUGAUUGCACUAACCAGCAAAAGGACUCCUCACUAGAGGAAUCAGAAAGCUCAGGAGAUGAUGAAAAACAAGAAGUAACUUCAAAUUUUAAAGAGGAAAAUAAAGUAACAAAGGACCUGUUUCAAAUCACAGAGAAGCCAUCUAGAAAUGAAAAUGCAAAUAAAACGGAAUGUCCUACCUCGACAAGUAUGGAGGAAGAAGCUAUUCAGGGCAUGCUGUCAAUGGCAGGAUUGCACUAUACCACUUGUUUACCAAGUUAUACUCGGAGCACAGACUGCACUGACCGAAAAAGUUUUGUUCCAGAUCACAGAAGCCAUUCCAAAAAUAGACAUAAAGAUAAAAUGUCUUCUCAGAGUUAUAAACCGGAAUAUGGCAAGCACAUAAAAGAUGAAAAAGAAAUGGGAGCUUCAGUAUUUCUUACACCAUUACAUGCAGUUUCUAAAAUCAGUCCUCAGGAGACAGGCAAAACUCAGAAACAUGUUAAGAAAGAAGUUGCAUCUGAAACCUGUUACAGAAUUCAAGAAAACAGAAACCAUGUGCAAAAUAAUGGAAUAAACUUUCAGCAUAGCAAAUAUAUGCGGGACUGCAACUUAAUUGAUGAGGAGUGCAGAUUAAGUGAUAGCAGUCUCAGCUCCGACCGACCAUUUGGUGAAGCAUCCACUUUACCUCUUCAUCCAACCAAGCGGCCAGCAUCAAAUCCACCCCCCAUCAGCAACCAGGCAACAAAAGGCAAGCGUCCAAAGAAAGGAAUGGCAACUGCCAAACAACGGCUUGGGAAAAUUCUAAAACUGAACCGAAAUGGCCAUGUACGAUACUUAGUUUGAUGUAAUGGCUGCUUCUGCUUUUCUUCAUUCAUAGACCAGUAUUGAGGGUAACAGUGCCUGGAGCUUCUGUUUUAUUCCUCUGCUUGAAGCAGAAUGCAUGCCUCUUAUUUGAACACUGCCUGAUGAACAAAAACCCAAUGCUGCAUUUUCACUGUGCCACAUCUGCUGAGCAAUAACUUUUGGGAAAUGAAAAUAUUUGAAAAGACUAUGAAUUGGAAAAAUGGUCUGUUUUUCAGGGCUCAUUUUGAUGCUUUUGGUAGUGUCUGAGCUAAUUCAUGAACAGAGUGUGAUGAAAGUGGUAAUCAAUAAUUUAUUUGUCAGAUAUUGUCAAGGAUUGAAUUCAUGUUUAAGCUAUUUAUUUGGAAACCUUUUGGGGGAAUUAUUUUAAUUUUAAACUGUCAAAAUGUGAAGGUUUUAUUUGUCUUUAAUGUCUGUCUGCAAGUGGAAAGAGCUGCGUUGUUUGUUCUGAAUUCAAGCAUUUGAUAUAGAGAUAAUAGAUUUAAAACAUGGACGUGAUAUAUUAUAUGAUUUAUUAAGUUAAGGAUAUGAAAACACAUCUUAGAUUCUGUUCUUCUAUACAACACCAUGGAUGGCUUUUUUUACUGACUCCUAAAGUACAGAUUCUCUGGUAGUUUAGUUCAUUGAAAUGUCUUCCUUCAUUACUUCCAUUUCCUCUUCAUUUUCACCAUUUAUUAGCAUAAUGUGAGCAGCAUUUGCUUUAGCCUUCUCCUUAUUUUAUUUCCAUGGUCUGGAGAAUAAUGCAUAGCAAUCACCCAUGUAGGACUACAGGUAUUGAUUUAAGUAUAGACAUAUAAAUACAUUUUGUGGAGAAAGACUGUUAUAGUGGCAGAGUAUUGUUUUGAUUGUCUACACAUGCCAGCUGAUUAAAGGUCUUAAGUCAUUUUUGUAAAUAUGUAAAUAUGUUUGAUAGCUUUUGAAUUUCAGUAUGACGUAUUUUAUGUCAUGCUUGGCAAAGAUCUGGUAGUAAAUGCUGAUUCUAAAAUGCAUGUAUAUAACCUAGAUGAAAAAUCAUAUUUUUGUAAGAUAAAGCUGAAUAUUUAAGCUCUUUCGGGGAAAAAUGGGAAAGCAUCUGAUUACCGCUUUACUAAGAGGGCUAUUCAGUACCAGAGCAGGAAUAUUAGGGAUACUGCUUUAGUAGUUUGGUUUUCUUAUUGAUCAAGGGUUAAAGCAUGGCCAAAGCUACUCAGCUGCUUGACUUUCUUAAAUAAACUUCCCAGCCUUUAGGUUCUAUCUAAAAUAACAUAUGUAGAUGUCCCAAAACAGGACCUUUCUGUUUUAUAUUCAGUAUUUUCUGCAUUUGUGUGCAACAUAUUUGAAUUAAACUAAUUAUGUUUUUGUUGCAUAUCAAACUAGUCACUGCUGGUACUAGGACUUAGCUUAAAUUUCAAGGUUGUAGUCCUCAGUGAGGUUGCCACUGUCCCAUUUAAAUGAAUAGAUUGUUUCUAUAAUUGUGAGGGAGUGAUAGCCAAAAAUUUAAGCUAGUAUUCAUUAAGGAAAAGUAGGCUGAUUCUCUAUCCCACAUGCAGCAAGUCCCUUUCAAAACAUUUUGGGAGGGCUGAGGUAAUUUCUAAAACAGAUCAGAAAAUUACAGAAGGACUGGUGAAGAAAGUUCAAUUGCAUGAGUGCACUGCAUUUGUGUGAUAAUAGAUUUCACCUUUCAUUAGGAAGUAGGCUCUGUUGCAAUAAAUAGAAAAGAUUUAAGAAUAUGUUGAAUGAAACUGAGGAAUAAAGGAACAAAAAUCAAACGGAUGUCAACCUGUGAUAUAUCUGAGGUUUUGAAAAUAAGUCUGUUUUUCUUGACCUUCCUUCCUUCUUCAGUUUUCUUAGCAUACAAAUGUCAAAUGUAGAAAAAAAACAAGACUGGAAGAACCUCCUCACUGCUGGCAUCGCUAAGAGAAUUGAUUACAGGGUGAAAACUCAACAUCGUUUUUUUUGAAAAAGAAGAGAUUUACUUAUCAGUUUCAAGAGUCAUAUAUUCUAACUGGGUUAUGGUACAUUAAAAUAAGUACUUGUACUGUGUAUUUUCAAUGUAUUUUAAAAUUAUUCCGUCUUUUCUUUUAGGCAGAAAAACGGUUAGAAAGAACCUGGUUUUGAUUUAGUUCUAAUUUUCAUAAGCCAUAUUUUUUAAGAGUUUAUUUCUUGUGAUAUCCUAGCAUCAUCUAUAAUGCAAAAAACAUAGAGGCUACAAUUAACUGAAUGAUAAAUACAUUAAAAUUAUAUAUUCUUUAUUGAUCAGAAUAACUGAUAAGUGUCACAACUGGUCUGAUUUCUCUGAGAACCAUAAUCAUUAAAAUGCAUACCUGCAGAAGAGAGGUAGUAGUGGAGAAGAAGGAGUAGGUUUUGGAAACAUUAUAUUUUAAUAGCUGUUCCAUUUUUCUCAUUCUAUUUACAGAUGCCUAUCCCCAUCAAAUUGUUCUUCGUUGUUAUCAGCAUAGAAAUAUAUCUUCUUAGAUUACUAAAAUAAAAAUGCUGAUUAUAAAAUUCUGGCUUUCCAUGUUUUAAACACAAUUUGAAGCAAAUCUUCUGUUACCACUUCAGUGAGGCUAUUUCUUAGACUUUAAAUGUAUUGAGGAAGGCAAAUAUAUCUAUCAAAAUUAAUGGUUUUGAAGAAACAAAUAAAGAAAUUAUUUUAGUAAUAUAAUGAAGAAGUUAAAGUGGGCAGUCUUGUUUGUAUGCUAGUUGCUUCAUUUAUACAAAUCAUUACUGUAUUGCACCAGAUGUUACAUUUGUAGCAGAUAUCUGAAUUUAAUUAUAUAGCCCACUAAUUGUUUUAUUUUCUUGAGAGCUAAAAAAGGAUAUUUAAGCCAAAUUUGGAAAAAGUUACUCUAUCCUCAGUAGAAUCUGUAUUCAGAGAAAGAUUCUUUUAUAUAACUAGACCCAGUAUUUCAGCUGUAUGCUAGAAUUACUUUAGACCUCUUCCUCCCUAAACCAAUAGGGUGAAAUAAAGUGUUUUGGAUUAUGUUGAAGACGGAAGGAAAACAGAAUUUCAGAGCAGUAACUUUAGCAGCAGCAUUUUAAAUCACAUUUCUCAUUAUUCCAUAAUCUUUGCUUACUGAAUUCAGGCUGCCUCAGUUCAGGCUGUAGCCUCAAAUGAUCUCUGUGGUAGAUUUACCUAUGCAAUCAUUGUAUUUGUUGUAUGAUUUUUCAAAUAAUUUUGAUAGGAUUGAAUAAUACAAAGUUAAAAUACUUACAUUAAUGUUCUUCAGUGCAACACAUAUGUCAUAAUCAAAUUAAAGAUACAUUAUUUUACUGAAGUUUUUUAUAUACUUCAGAUUACUUUGAUUUAUCAGAAUGUCCAUUAUUAAACUUAGGAAUAUUAGGAUGGAAAGCAACUCCAGUCUUUCUUCCAGAUUUUUCCAACUUUAUAGCUGGUAACUGGAAGGAAAUUGAGAGGCAUUACUUUCUACACAGUUCCUUGCAUAGUGCCUCUUUGAUCACAAUUUCUGUGCUGCAAUAAAUAAACAGAAACACCACUAACACCUCUCCCCUUUCACUUUUUUAUACUAACAUGCAUUCAUCCUUCCAGACCAUAAAAAUCUGUUCAUUAACUUAAGCAGGUAAACCCAGGGCAAUUUUAUUUUGUGAAAGAAAUAUAAAUUGAAUUUAAAGGCCUUACACUUUGUAAUUUAAACUGGAUUAAGAGCUGCAACUCCACUUUUUUCCCAAAAGAGCAACGUUCUGUAUACAAUAAAAUGACUGUAUUGUGCAGAGCAGGAUGGUAAUAAGAUUAGCACUGAUUACAAAAUGCAGCUGCUGAUAAAGCUGCAUUUUUGCCUGGAAGAAAACUUUGAAUAUAAAUUUUAAGCCAUAAUAGUUUCUUGCUGUAAGAAGGGAAUGAAAUAAUUCACUUUAAGAGAUUAUAUUAAUAUGAAUUAUCACUUCUGCUGGGAAAAGUUUAACUUUGCCAGUGCUUUGGCAUUUUUAAGAUAUUCAUUACAUUUGCAAAAAGGGGAUAAGUCUUGGCUAUAUUUGCUAGUUUUGUAGUAGUGUUUUGCUGAUGUGUCUGUUUCCCAACACCUUUUUCUACUGUCAAUCUAAAUUCUCAAUUUUUUCAGUGUGGUGAAAUAGUUGUCUUUCUGAAUAGAGAUUUGUGUGUUCUUUGCUCCUUUUUAUACAAACACACUCCUAUGUGGAGUUUUUGGUUGGAAAAUGGGAGGCUACAGCUUUAAGAGCUCCCCCCCCCCUCCCCAUUUACUCAAGUUUCCCAUUCCAUUUUUGCCUGCUGGCAGGGAAAGUGUAUGUACAGUAUUUAUUUUGUUUCAAUUUUACUUUAAAAUUUGUUUCUAUAGGUAGCUUACUGAUUUACUGUUUGGAAGGACAAGUGGCUUGUUUAAAUUUGUAUUUGACCAUAGAUUUCACUUUCUGUACUUUAUAAUAUGGAAAUUAAAAUCUGUAUUACUUAUGUUUCUGAUCGUUGCAUUCCAGUGUUUAAUUUCUUUUUGUUUGCUUACUCAGAUAAAGAUAAAAUAUGGUGCAGAUUUUCUUAAGUAUUGCUUAAUUCCAUCUCUUCUAUUUCUGCAACUUUUGUUUUGGUGAUUUUACCAUUUCUCAUUUUGAGCAAGCCUUGAAAUCAGAUUAUAUCCCCCAAAUAAUAGAAGUAGUUUUAAUUAUUUCAAAAAUAGUGGAUAAGUAGCUUCACCAUCAUUAGCUUAAUUCAUUAGCACAUAAACUAUCAAUAAUUUGCUUGAAUAUAUAAGAAGGAGGGCUUGCAAGUCGUAACAUCAGAAAGCUGAUUUGCCACAAAUGUGGCAAAAUAUUGAACAAUUGUAUCAAUAAAAAUUCUAAAACUG